UCAGACUCGCUCUCACUCACAGUCUCCCACUGCACGCGCUCAGUCCAGGAAAGCGCAUCGAUUUCGUCUCGUUUUUAAAACACACCAGGAUUAUCUCACCGCUUUUCACGCACGAGUGACAGGGACCAAUAACAGACUUCAAAAGACCUCGGCAAAGGAGAGGACAACUGAAGGAAUUUAGGGCUUGUUUUCUGUUCGCGUGCGCUCACCGUUCAGCGGACAAACUUUAUCAUUUCUCGUUUGCAUCGAGGCAUCACCCACAACGUAUCGUGGUGACGCAGAACCAUGGUGAAGAUUGUAUGGAGAUAGACAUCCUGUAUCCAAUCAGGGAAAGGGAAUUAUUUUGUGACUGCUUUGUUUGUCAUCCACCUUUCUGGAAGUGAUAUUUAUAAACAUUUCUCCAGCAUGGCAUCCAGUCUUACGUGUACAGGGAUGAUCUGGGCUCUGGUGUCCCUGCUGAGUGCAGCUGCCUCGUGUGUGGGCUUCUUCAUGCCUUACUGGCUGCUGGGAUCACAGAUGGAUAAGCCGGUGUCUUUCGGUACUUUCCGGCGCUGCUCGUAUCCCAUCCGGGAUGAGGAGAGGCAGGCCACGGUCAUGCUGGAGCAGUGCGGGCGCUACGCGAGCUUCCAGGGCAUCCCGAGCGUGGAGUGGCGGAUCUGUACGGUCGUUACAGGGAUUGGAUGUGGGCUGCUGCUGCUUGUGGCUCUGACGGCGAUCAUGGGCUGCUGCAUAUCAGACCUCAUCUCCAGAACCAUUGGACGCGCAGCUGGAGGGAUGCAGUUUGUUGGGGGUCUUCUCAUUGGGUCAGGCUGUGCCCUGUACCCUCUCGGCUGGGACAGUGAAGAAGUCCAGCAGACGUGCAACAACAGCUCAGACCAGUAUGAACUUGGCUCUUGUCAGAUCGGCUGGGCGUAUUACUGCACAGGUGCAGGUGCAGCCUCCGCCAUGUUACUGUGCACUUGGCUCGCCUGUUUCGCUGGGAAGAAACAAAAGCAAUACCCGUAUUAAAAGAACCGAUAACAGUCUAAAGACGGACAGAUGCCUUAGACCCAGUAGAGACGUGACAUCUUUCCUCCAUUACUGCUACUCGAGUUCUCCAGUACUCUACAGUCAUAAAAACUCUUAUUGCUCAUGAACGUCUGUGAGCGAAGAAACAUGACUCUAUACAGUACAUUCACUGCUUUCUUAAAAGCCACAGAGUGUUAAACUCAGAAGGACCAAGGUUCGUUUUUAUGACCAAUGUUGUCUACUUAUUUCUUUAUGUCUCUUUCUCUUGAAUUGAUAUUGUAAUGGUAAGCUAUGGUUCAGGUAUAAAAAGACUGUGCUUGAAGUCUGUAUAUAUGUAAUGUUUAACAGCUAUUUUUAAAGCAUUAAAGACCAGAUUUAGCUUGCA